AUGCAGUCGAUAUUCAUCCUUAGCGUGUGCUCGGCUCUGCUGCUUAUUUUCGCACAAGAAGAGCCCGAAGGGAUAGACGCUGAAGGAGGAGAUGCCGAAGAGAUUUACAACAAGACCUACACCGAGCAUCAGACAGCACUGGAGAAGGCCAUAUUCAAGGACUAUGUGAACACAAGAAGACCUGUGAGGAACUCUUCUCAACCAGUGGAAGUCAGUGUCCAUUUCCACAUCGUGCAUGUGUCAAUCAGUCAAGAAGAACAGACAAUGACUGUCCAUGGUCAUCUCUAUAUGACUUGGAUUGACGAAUUUCUCGUAUGGGACGUAAAAGACUACAAUGGAAUUCGAAUUACCAGAUCUUCAAAAUGGAGAAUAUGGCAGCCAAAGAUUGUCAUAGCCAACAGCGUUUCCGGAAUCUAUUCUGCUUUCGAGAUCUCCACUCAUGCCCAUGUUAUUCUUCAAUCGCUAGGGAAAGAGCAAACAAGGGUUGAGAUGUAUCCAACAUUCUCAAUCAAGGUUGGCUGCAGUUUCGAAUUUGCUGAUUAUCCUAGGGAUAUGAAUUCAUGCUCGCUGACUGUGUACACGAGGCAGAGGAUGAGUGAGGUGAUUCUCAAAAACUACUACGACAUGCCACCCACGCUAUCAAUAGGUUGGGGGAGUCAAUCAGACAAGCGGAUCAUAUCGGAUUUCGAGAUUCUCAAUGUCUCCAGUCACGUUAAUUACUACUCCAACGGUGAAGUAACAACGGUCGAGCCAACCACAGCAAAUGAAAUAGCUGAAACCUGGUCCGUUCUCCAUACGACUAUCUACUUUCGACGACACAGUGUGAUGUUCGGCGUCUCCAUGCUUCUUCCAUGUUUGGUGAGUCGUAAUUACUUCCUUUCUGGGACGCUGAUUCCAAACCAUUCUGGUGCAAACUCAUUAUAUACUAGUAACUUUUUCAUUUCAAUUUAUAGUGCACAUCUAGUUCUUGCAGUAGAUUUUUAG